AUGUUAACGGUGCGCUUGGCAAUCUUGGGGCUUCUUGGCUUUCUAAUGAUUUCCGCAGGGCGAUUCGGAGGCCUCGUCGGCGAUGACGGAUUUCUCUAUUUCGCCUACGGGAGUAACUUGCUGCAGCGGCGGCUGCGACUCCUCAACCCUUCGGCGGUGCGAGUGUCGGCGGCCUGCUUAAAGGGCUAUAAGCUUGCAUUUGGCAAUUGGAAUAGAAGUGAGAACCGAUGGGGAGGAGGUGUUGCCACUAUUCUUCCAAGUCCUGAUGAUGAAGUAUGGGGAGUUGUAUGGCGUUUGAAACACAAUGAUCGACAGUCUUUGGAUCACCAAGAAGGUGUUCACAAAGGAAUCUACAGUCCAAUAGAAGUCAAAGUUCAACGGCAAGAUACUGGAGAAGAACUUAUUUGUUUGUCCUAUCAGAUGAAUAAUUUUAAUUCCAACCUUACAUCACCACUUUACAAAAAGGUUAUCAUCAAAGGUGCAAGAGAAAAUGGGUUACCUACUGAAUAUUUGAAGAAGCUGGAUACUAUAUUGACUAAUAAUUAUAAUGAAACGACCCCAUUUACAACACAAAUUAUGGAGAUUUUGCAUCAGGAUACAAAUAAUACAUCAAUAUAAAACAUUUCUCUUGAAAAUAAUUGUUACAGAGGUAUAUCUUGGUUAGUUCAAGUGAUUAUGCUGCAUUGAAAUUGAAGAACAGAAUUUUAUACAUUUAGAAAUUAGACUGGUGGAGAUUUACUUCAUGAUUUUGCUAUUUUAUUUCGCACAUUUUGAUUUUCAUUGAAGUUGUAGGGCUUUUUAAGUCACUUUUUCCCUGUUACUAGUUUUAAUUACUAUUUAAUGAUUUUUAUAGAAACAUAGAAAAUAGGUGCAGGAGUAGGCCAUUCGGCCCUUCGAGCCUGCACUGCCAUUUAUUAUGAUCAUGGCUGAUCAUCCAACUCAGAACCCCGCCCCAGCCUUCCCUCCAUACCCCCUGACCCCCGUAGCCACAAGGGCCAUAUCUAACUCCCUCUUAAAUAUAGCCAAUGAACUGGCCUCAACAGUUUCCUGUGGCAGAGAAUUCCACAGAUUCACCACUCUCUGUGUGAAGAAGUUAUUCCUAAUCUCGGUCCUAAAAGGCUUCCCCUCUAUCCUCAAACUGUGACCCCUCGUUCUGGACUUCCCCAACAUCGGGAACAAUCUUCCUGCAUCUAGCCUGUCCAAUCCCUUUAGGAUCUUAUACGUUUCAAUCAGAUCCCCCCUCAAUCUUCUAAAUUCCAACGAGUACAAGCCCAGUUCAUCCAGUCUUUCUUCAUAUGAACGUCCUGCCAUCCCAGGACUUAAUAAGUUGUAAAACCAUAAAGCAUAGAAAUUGAUACCCUAGGCUUUUAUUGUAAAGCACUUAUUCCAUUUGUCCAUACAUCUCCUAAUAAAAUAUCCAUAACAGGUCAAUAUACAAUUCAAUGAUCAAGAGUGCAGAGGUGAGAGAUAUUGAGUCUUCCCCAUAAUUACAUAGACAAAUCUCGAUGAACUGCAUAAGCUUCUGAUGAGAACAUACUCCUCAGGAAAAUAUUCUUUUAUUUUACUUCCAUUGUGCCAUAUAGUGAAUCAGUGGUCCCAUUAUCUGAGAAAGUAAUAGCAGUAGUCAUUAUUAUGCUCUGUGAACUUGUGCAUCAUCAAUGGAUUGGGUUUCUUUUUGCAAGUUUCAUUGAAUUGAAUUUAUUGAAUUUCUGGACAACUUAUCAUGAAGCAAGUCAAUGUACAAAACACUCAAGAGUCUAAUAAGAUGUUGAUCACUAUACAGGAUGGGACUCCAAGCAGCUUUCAAGGAACGAACUGUCAGAGGAAGGAACUAUGCACACUGAUUGACUUGACCGAGUACAGGGGGUAUUUAUAAUGGUGAAGAUACAUCACAUAGAUUGCUGUUUACAAGUACCCUAUAUAUUAAAAAAUGUGUCAGUUAGCUACCGCCCAAGGUGUGGUGAUCUUUAUCUACUUGGAAAAAAAGAUGCUGUUGCAAAAUUCAGUUGGCUGAGUAGUUGAUAGAAAGUUGUGAAAUUUUCUGGGGGUGCUAGUCAAUCUUUUAUCCAAAUAAUUCCUUUAUUUUAAAUAAUAUCAACUGAGAAAUCAAUUUGCUGUGAAGUUGGGGAGCUCAAUGCUGUUUUUGAAAAUGCUGCCAUUGGACAACGAUCUUAUCGCAAUAGAAUCAUGCAGGCAUUCCCAUUCCCCUCCCUCCCUCCUAUUUGGCAAAUAGUGGCCUGAGGAACAUCCAGAGUAAUUUCUUGCUGCUGCCAUCAUUUAUCUAUAGUUUGAGGUUGUGAUUCCAGCCCUUAAAGGGAAUUGUGUAACACACACCUUGUAACAAUAUUUUCUGUUCAGAAAAUGAUAAUGUUGUUUUUUAUGGGAAAAUAACUCAGGUAGCUAACUCAAAUGAUUUGAUAUUGACCCAUAUCGGUGACAGCAACUGCACUUGAAUGUCACCACAUCUUGGGGAAUAGCUAACUAGCACAUCAUAAUGUGCUUUAUUUAUAAGGUAUUUGGCAAAACAUCAAUGUGUGUGGAUGUGUCUUCACCAUUUUCCAUGCUCCCAGCACUUGCUCAAGCCAACCCAUGUGAUUCAGAUGGUUCCUCUGACAGUUUGUGCCUCGCUUACUGACUCACAGUUGCUUGGAGCUCCAAGUUGCGUAGCUAUUAAUAUCUUUAUUUCUCUAAGAUUCAGUUGCUAGAUCUUACUUUCACAGCAGUCUGCUUGAGCAGAAUGUGAUCUCAUUAGAAGUUUACACAGUUUAUCUUGGAAUUUUCCUGUUCAGUUAGGGGUAUGAUUAGAUAACUGUCACUUCCUCACCACAGGUCAUUAUAUAGUUUAUAGCACCCUGUGGUGCUUUCCACUCUGCUCAGACAUCACAAACAAGUGAGAGAGAUUGUGUAAUUGGCCCUCGCUCAUAUUGGUGAUGCUAUCUUAAAGCCUCUCACAAAAAACAAUUUUCUUCAAGUUCAUAAACUCUUGCACUGCCUUUUACAUCUUGUGCGCAAAUCACAUGGAUAUAUUGUCCAACCUAUGUUAAAAAUAUUGGAUCUGCCCAGUGGAUUAUUCUGAAAAGUAAAUUUGAAACAGCAUGGAGUUGAGGGAUUUGGAGGUAAGGGUUAAUAGUGGUAAGUUUGCUGUGGGUGGGAAGGAAAGGUGGUGGUGGUGUGGUGGAGAGGUGACUGGGGAGAUGGAAAUGGUACAGUACUCUACCCACAGAAGUGUGAAGAAAUGUUCCAUGCAUUUACUUAUAUUUCAUAAAAAUAAGAACACAUAAGAUUGAAAAGAUUAAAAUGCAAGUCUUCACAUUUAGACUGUUCAUGAGAAAUUUAUGAUGAGUCAACAACAAACUGCUGAAGGAACUCAGCAGGUCAGACAGCAUCUGUGGAGGGAGAUGAACAGUUGAAGUUUCAAGCCUUCAGAACUGAUGAGAAUUUUUUGUGUGUUGAUCCACAUUUCCAGUAUCUGCAGCCUCUUUUGUAUCUCCAAAUUUAUGAUCCGUCUGGUUUAAGGGGAAAAAUCUCUCUCCUAUCUAAAGGAAUGUCGAUGUGCAUUUAUAUUUCAGCUGUGGUGUGACUGAGUAUCCCUUUUAUUUUCUGAGCUAUUGGGUAAUGCAUUCAGGUGGAUGGAGUAGAAAGGGAUUAUCUUACAGCACUUUAUAUGACAGCAACAGUGAUGGCUGUACAACUUAGUAGCACAUUUUGUUUUAAAAUACAAGGAGGCAUCUGUUUUCAGCAAACUUGUUCUAACAAAUUUGGAAUAAUCAUGUGUUCAGUUCCAUUUUUUUUCUGCAUUGUUAGAAAGUGAAGGUCAUAAUUUGUGCACGUUUGUUACAAAUGUGCAUGAUUCACUUUAUGUUUAUUAGGAAUUUUAACUACACAUCAGAUUGCAUCUUCGAAAAUAGUUAUACAGCUAGCAAUAAACAUCUGCAAUUACUCAUAGCAACACAUACAAAAAACGCUGGUGAACGCAGCAGGCCAGUCAGCAUCUAUAUGAAGAGGUACAGUUGACAUUUCGGGUUGGAACCCUUCAUCAGGACUAAUUGAAAGAAGAGAUAGUAAGAGAUUUGAAA